AUGAUAGGGUGCGUCAACGUCUCUUACAGAGAAAAAGAGUCGAGUGGGUCUCACUUCCAAAGGCGUCAACUUUCCAAGCAUCAAAGUUUUUAUUUUGAUGAUAAUAUUUUGAUUGUCUCAUUUUCAGCGGAGACAUAUUCAAGUGGUUUCUUGGAAAACUACCAUCGCAUACUUGAUAGAAUGAUCGGAUUAAAGACCAUUAUUUCAAAUCUUAUGUCGGUCUGUUCAGGCUUAACUAACAACGGCAGCUUGCAUACACUUCUAUUUGCAAUGUAUUCAAGCACUCCUUUUGCUGAAAGUGUGCAAACAAGUUUUCCUUGA